AUGAGCGCCGUGAACAAUACAUUUGCAUCAAAUUAUAUCCUUGGCCAGUCAAAUCUUUUUUCACAAAUAUACGAUCGAAAAAUGGCACACGGUUCCUCUCGCGUGGGCUGCAGGCAUGUUUGCCUUGGCUGUAAAUGUUUUUGCGCUGCACCUUCCCCAUCGGCUAUCUCGUUUUCUUCUGCUAUGAAACAUUUUGAGCUUCGUCGUUCGACAAACGAUCACAAACGAGAUGCAACUUUUGUUUUCCAAGACUUUGAGAACCUCACCGGAUUCGGAUCAUCAAUGGCAAUCAUGGUGGGGAUUCUACAAAGUUUCUUUGGAAUGUGCUGUUAUGACGCCGCGAGUCAUAUGACUGAGGGAAUGACACACCCGAGCCGAGAUGCACCAAGAGUGAUCAUAUUAUCAGUUUGCCUUAGUGCAAUUACGGGUCUUGUCUGUCUCAUCAUCCUUUGCUUUUCCAUCAAAGUCUUUGAAGGAACCGUAAUUCUAGUACGGAGGUUCCGAUCAUCCAAGAUAUUUUACGACUCCACGCAAACCAUACUGGGACUUGUAUUUUGGCAAGUAAGAUCCGUAUAUGCUUUCGCACGGGAUCAUGAACUGCCAUUUUCGAAACUGCUUUCCAAAAGGGAGCCUAGGAAGAAAAUUUCGCUAUACGCUAUUGUUUUGACGAGAACCGUUCAGCUGGCACUCAACGCGAUCUAUUUUGGCACAGCGACAGGCUUUAACACUGUAUUUUCCAUAGCAUCUACGGGAUUUUGUGAGUACAUGAUCUAUCCUGCUUGGAACUGGCCCCCGGGAGCACUAGCAAAAUGA